AUGGAUAAUGAAGAAAGCAACAACGUAGAAAGAUUCGAUGAUGUCGUUUUGCCAGGGUUUAGGUUUCAUCCCACAGAUGAAGAACUCGUAAGUUUCUAUCUGAAACGGAAGGUUCUACACAGAUCUCUUCCCUUUGAACUCAUCAAGAAAGUCGAUAUCUACAAAUACGAUCCGUGGGACCUCCCAAAGCUUGCAGCGAUGGGGGAGAAAGAGUGGUACUUUUACUGUCCAAGAGACAGGAAAUAUCGAAACAGCACUAGGCCUAACCGAGUAACUGGAGGUGGAUUCUGGAAAGCAACCGGAACUGACCGGCCUAUAUACUCAUUGGACUCCACUCAAUGCAUCGGUUUGAAGAAGUCGCUUGUGUUCUACCGUGGUCGAGCUGCUAAAGGAAUCAAAACCGAUUGGAUGAUGCAUGAAUUUCGCCUCCCUUCUCUCUCUGACUCUCAUCGCUCAUCGUCGUAUCCCAGUUACAAUAACAAGAAGCAACACCAUAACAUCAACAAUAAAGAGAUUCCUUCAAGCGAUGCUUGGGCUAUUUGCAGAAUAUUUAAGAAGACGAACUCAGUAUCAUCACAAAGAGCAGUCCCACAAUCAUGGCUUUAUCCGGCAAUUCCUGAAACCAGCCAAUACAACUUAGUGUCACAAACCACAACUCUUUUUGCUUCAACAGACGCUUUCAGCAACAUACCAACAAGACAAAACCUUAUCUCUUCUCCAGUAGACGAACCCGCAAGCUUCACAGAGUCCGCUGCUGCUUAUUUUGCUUCUCAGAUGCUCGGAGUUCCGUACAACCUAGCUAGAAACAACGGAACAGGGGAUGCUAUGUUUCUCAGAAACAGUGAAACAGAGAAUGCUCUGUUUCCUAGCAACAAUGAGGAUAACUACUUCCAUAACUUGGCCGGAGGAUUGACUCACGAGCUUCCGAAUGUAAGAUCAAUGGUCGAGACUGGUUUUGAGACGACCGCUAGUGAGAUGUCGGCGACGUCGUAUUCCCCUAACACUUGA